GUGGAGCAGGAUUCAAAGAGGUGCAAUUGCAUCUGUACACCCUCCUGGAUCUGCCCCUGGGUACAGGGUCUAGCUUAUGCAUCCUUCUGGACACAUCACCGCUACCCAGUAAAGCAGUGCUUAUGAGCUCACCACAUUCUGGCUCAGAGAUAAGAGAUUUGCCAUUUGCAGCUGAAAGAUACACUGAUAAAGCUGUACUUUUCCCAACUGCUCAGCGAGCGAAGAGGUCAUCAUCUGACCUUACUGAUCCAGUAUUGCAGAACUCACUGGAAGAUGUGGACUUGCUUUAUGAGUUUCUUUUAGCUCAGCUUAAAAUUGGCAAAGGUCUGAGAAUCUCCAUCAAAGAUGAGGAGUUAGCUUCACUAAGGAAGGCUGCGGCAUUUGACACUGUCUGCAAUGACAUUAUCCCCAAGAGCCUCACAGAGAUCCGCAGGCUGAGUGCCAAGCUGUCUAACUACCCAACGGUCCUCAAGAAAGAAGAUUUUGAAAGGACAGUGUUGACCAUGGUCUACACGGUUUAUAGGGCAGCCCAAUCCCGGGGGCACCAGAAGGAUGCUUGGGCUGAAUCUUUUGUCAGUCUCUACCAGGCCCUGAAGCAUGACUUGAUGUUCUCAGACAGCAAAAACUCAUCAUAGUGAAGAACUUUAUACACCUGGAAAGCAACCAGCUCUGCUGAUAAGGGACACCUAGCACGUCCACCACUGUAUUCGUAAACAAUUUAAUAGCCUGCUUCAUUAAAAAUUCUUUAUUCUCUAGCUCCCCCUAGUGGGAUCCACUUUUAAAAAUGCUAAAUAAGAGAAAAAAUGCCUUGUUUUCAGUCCCUGGAAUCUAUUAUCAUGCUGGCAUGGAGGAUAGUAUGGAGUGCAUAUAUGCUUAUAUAUAUGCACUAAACAGCUGUACCUUCCCCUUAUCCUUGGGAUGCUGAUAUAAUAUAAUAUGUGCUACCUUCCUAGCUGGAAAAAAGAUAGUUUAGCUGCUGUGUAAUGAGAUGUUAACAGACAGAGAGAAAUCCUUUAUACAGUAAAAAGGAUUCAUGACAAUUGGUUUGGAGAUUGUUGCAUAAAAGUAAUUAAAGUAUUUUUGCAAAUAAAACUGUCUGAUUGGUUUCAUAGUUGUUCCCAGCCUUUGGAAUGACUUGUGUGUGUACAUUUGGUUGAGCUAGUUUUUAUUCUGUAGAGUGUUUUCAGAAGGCAAAGUGCAUUGAGCAGACCACUUGUCCCCCACAAUAAGUA